UGGUGCAGUGAGUAGAAGCUCAGAGCGGUCCACUGCCUCUCGCCUCUCUGCUCAGGCUCAAGCUAACAGAGGGCUUCACGUUCGCCUGGGGGGGAGACAGUCCGAGCGUUGAUUUAAUUUUACAGUAUAGUUACUGCUCAGUCGCUUAAGCGAAAGAGAGGAUAAAACGGAAUGGCCUUUCCUGACAUCACGAAGGAUGACCUAAAUGAACUGAUGCAUGAGGAGGCAGAGGAUGUCUUUAAUGAUGACGGAGUGUCCUCCCGCUUCCCAGACAUCAUGGCUGCUGGCACUCACUCUCCUGGAGGGCCCAAUGGCAUCAUCAGGAGCCAGUCGUUCGCCGGCUUCAGCACCCUGCAGGAGAGACGCUCACGGUGUAACUCCUUCAUGGGGAACUCAGCAGUGCAGAAGAAGCCCAUCUCAAAGCCCAGGAAGCCCCAUCUGUCCGGGCACAAGUCCAGCAGCAGCAGCUCACGAGAGCCGCAGCCCAAAAGAGUGGAAGAAGUUUACGGAGCCCUCAAACAAGGCCUGGAUGAAUAUCUAGAGGUGCACCAAACAGAGCUGGAUAAACUCACUUCCCUCAUGAAAGACAUGAAGAGGAACUCCAGACUGGGUGUGCUGUAUGAUCUGGACAAGCAAAUCAAGACCAUAGAGCGAUACAUGCGAAGACUGGAGUUCCACAUCAGCAAGGUCGACGAGCUGUAUGAGGGCUUUUGUAUUCAGAGAAGGUUGCGUGAUGGCGCCAGUAAGAUGAAACAGGCCUUCACUGCUUCACCCUCCACUAAAGGCACACGUGAGAGCCUGGCGGAGGUCAACCGCAGAUACAAAGAGUAUACAGAGAACAUGAGCUCUUUUGAGGCCGAGCUGGAGAACCUGUUGGGGGAGUUUCAUAUCAAAAUGAAAGGAUUGGCUGGCUUUGCCAGGCUUUGUCCCGGCGAUCAGUAUGAGAUUUACAUGAGAUAUGGCCGACAGCGGUGGAAACUGAAGGGAAAGAUUGAAACGAACUCCAAACAGAGCUGGGAUGGAGAGGAGAUGAUCUUUAUGCCCCUCAUUACGGACCUCAUCAACAUCAAGGUGACAGAGUUAAAGGGGUUGGCCAAUCACAUCUUGGUGGGUAGUGUGAUCUGUGAAACCAAGGACCUGUUCACCGCUAUGCCUCAGGUGGUAGCAGUAGACGUCAACGACCUGGGAACCAUUAAACUCAACCUGGAGGUCGCCUGGUUUCCGUUUGACGUAGAGGAUCUGACACUGUCCUCAGGAAAUGUGAGUAAAGCCACCGCCCUUCAGAGACGAGUUUCAGUGUACAGCCAAGGCACACCCGAGACGCCCACUUUCCAGGACACGUCUUUCUUUUCCACUUUACCAGAUGACGUCUUUGAGAACGGAAGCUGCGGUGUGGCUGAAUGCAAGCGCCUGUCCUUCACCUUCUCUGACACGCCCACCUCAAGCCCCGCCCCCAUCCAGUCAAACCCUGAGAUCACAGUCACGCCCCCUGAGACGUACCCCCUCUCUGAACCGGCUCCAGCCUCUGAGGAUCAGCCGGUUGAGGAGGAGUGUGUGGAGGAAGACUGCGGCAGUGUCAGCGUCAGCGAUCCAGACCUAGAGUGGGACCAGGCUGAGGCCCAGGGGCACGGCACAGGCUCGGCGGCCCUCUCGCUGUGCUCCGAGAGUCAGCUGUCUGCGGUGGGACCUGAGGAUGUGGUGUUCUUGGAGCCCAAUGUGUCUGACGAAGCCCUGGAGCUGAAGCCGGUGGAGCUGGAUGGGGAGGAAGGCAGUCUGACCAGGCAGCUGGUGAGAAGGCUCACCUCCUCAGACAUGCUGCCCGAGGCCAGCGCUGUGAGCUGGUCUGGGGAGAGCAGCAGGACCUUCCAGGAGAGCAGCCUGGAGGAGGCCAUUCAGUCCCUGCUCCUGCGGCUGGAGAGCUUGGGCCAGCGCUGCGGGGAGCUGCAGGACUUGGAGCAGGAGGUCAUGAGACUCGAAGACCUUCUUAAGUGUCGGGUACCUGCUCACAGGAGCCGUUCCUCCAGCCUCAGUUUGACAGUGGAGAGCGCUCUGGAAAGUUUCGACUUCCUCAACACCUCUGAUUUUGAUGAUGAUGACACAGGAGAUGAUGCUGCCGCCCUCUCACGUGCUGUCUUCUUUGACAUGGAGUCAGAGAGAAUCAGGUCAGGCCAACAUCCAGAAGCAAGAGGCCACCUGAGUGAAGCCCUCACAGAGGACACUGGUGUGGGGAACAGUGUGGCCGGCAGCCCGUUGCCUCUCACCACAGGAAACGAGAACCUAGACGUGGCCAUCAUUGUUCAUCUACAAUACUGCAGUCAUCUCAUUCAGUUGUUGACCUCAGGAGGAAGCCAGUCGCAGCACAAGACAUACCUGCACAAAUUAACAACUCAAACACUUCUGUUGGAGGAUCUCAGUGAGAAAAACUUUGACAGACCGGGUAGCUGCAUUUUAGUGUCUGAUGUGUUGCCUGGGCUGGCGGAGCAUCCGGCGCUGAUGUCUCUGUGGUCUGACUGCAGUGGUGGUCUGUUUCACACUACACUGGACCGAGUGCUGAAGCACAUGCAUCUCAGCUUUGCAUUACCACUGCAACAGAUUCUGCCUCACUCUCCUGACUCAGUGAUCAGGAUGGUGGUGAAUGAGAUGAUGGACAGCAGCGAUCUUGCCUCUUCCUUGCGUCCCUCACUGUCCCCUCUGGCACAGGAUAUCCUCACUGUGUUUCAGUUUCACCGCUACGCUGUUGAACACGAUGUCACGGACAUGGAGCGACACCUGCUGGAUUUAGCCAAAGAGGUCAUGCUUGAAGAAGCCCUGAGCUGUGGGGAUACAGAACGCUGUGUGAAGGAACUACAGGAAGUGUCCGUCAUGUGUCUUCAGCCCCGCCCUCAAACCUUGUGGGCCGUGGCAGCGCUGUUGACCUCUGAUGACCCUGAUGUGAUGAAGGCCGCUACAGCCUUCCUCUCCUCUGCUGCCUCACACAAACCCUUCAGGUCAAAGGCUGUUGAUUGUUACACGCAAGCCUUAUCAGAAGCAGACCGAUCGAGAGCUGCAUGUGCCGCUUUGAGCUGCCUGCAGGCUGUGGAGAGCAUUGAUGCUGUGGUGUUACUGUGUGACUCAGCAGAUGAAGAUCUCCACCAGAUUGCCACAGAAACCCUCCUCACUUUCGGUGAAGACGGGCGGCUGGCAUACGAGCAGUUGGACACGGUGCCGAGGGAAAUGGUGCGGCUGGGGACUCGCCGUGGGAACACUGUUACCACUUCAUUUUAGAAAAACGACUCGUUCUCCCUCCUGUGACCCUGCACACUUCAGACGUGAAAUAUACACACCACCUGCUAACAAGGGGAAGUGAAGCUUGGCCUUCGAUGUUGAGACCUUCAUCACAGAGUGUCCUUUUCUGCAGGAUGUUUGCUACUCGUGUCACAGUGGUCCUGAGUCAUUGUUGCUGAUUGAACAAUAAGGGUGUUAUUAUUGGAAGUUAGUUAUUUGCAGAUUGCAGUUGCACCGUUGGAGGUGUGUAAAUAGAAAGCAAAUCCUAUUUUAAUUUUAUCCUGGGAUUUUUUUUCUCCGUUCCGUUUCAGGGAUUAUAAGGGACUGUUUAAAUGCUCCCCGCUUGAGUUUUUUCUGUAACCUCUGGGAAAGGAAAGAUUUUGUGUGCUGUUUGAACCCAGCCGGUUGUAUGGACUACUGGAAAAACCCCGGUGUGGACGGUGGACUGCUGAUUUACACAUCGCUUGCUUGCCUUCACUGGUCAGAAGAAAGUAUGUCCAUGGACGGAGCCUGUAGUGAACACUUGCAUUAACACGGUACUAAUGCCUGAGCACAUGGGAUCUUACAACAAGCGCUGUUUGGAGGCCGUCAGAGUAUAUUAAAAUGCACUUUUACACUAUUUUCAGUCAGAGAAGCGUGAUUCAUUACUGUGAAUUUUUUGGUUUGUACGUAAAUGAAGACUGGAAGUAUAUUUUGCUCUGUGAUCUGAACUCGCUUCUGUGCCUAUUGUUACUGUACUACUGAGUCAUGUGACUGUAAUAUCAUUUGUUUUAUUUAUUUUUUCACUUCUCUUCACUAGAAAUGGAAAGAUGCUGAUAUGACCCUCUUUUUGUUGUUGUUUUUUAAAAUUCUGAGAACAGAUUGUUUUAACGAUGUACUAAAUAUCUGUUCACAAUAUGAUUAGGUACAGUCAGGAUUUUGGUAUUAUUGAGGGGCUAUUCACUAUGAAUUUUUUUUUUAUAUAUAUAUAUUUAUGUAAAUAGUUGGCAUUUUACAUAUAGAAAGAUGUUUUACUGAUCAGUCUCAUCUUUUCACAGUGUAUUCAUGGAGUUAUACAGUAUUUGUGCUUAAGGGAACCUUUCCUAGAUGUAUUUUCGGUGUGCUUAUGCACCUGACCUGAGAAAACGCUCUUUGCUAUCCGAACGCUUGCCUCGCUUUGACACGUUUACACACCCUGUGUUGAUCUUUAAAGCUGUCAAAUGUAAAUUUACGCUUAUGGUGGCAAUUAAAACGCCGUUUUGUAGAUCACCCGACCUAUUUUUGCAAUAUUUUCUAUGACGCUGAGAAUGGUACGGAAGCAGGGGCUUAAAUCUAUCAAAGGAGCACAUUUCGAGGAAUGUACCGAGUACAGAAAGGUUACUGAAGUAUAUCCCUCACAAGCACAACUGUUUGGUAAGAUCGUUUCUUAACAUGUUUAACAUGUUAUUUUGCAUUUACCGCACAAACUCCUAAAGCCAUAAUGAUACAGAAGUCGAUAUAUUUAAGGCCGUUUUGUGGUUUCUGUUUAUCAGAAUUAUCUAUAACAAAUAUUCAAAAAUAGUACUUUUGUUUAUGCUGUUUUUCUGUAUUCAGUCACAGAAAUGAAUUGCUUUGUGAGUUUGUCUAAAGACCACCGUUACAGUAUUUGACCUGGGCAUUGGUGAUCACUCCUUGAGAAUUUCUUUCUUUGCACAGAGAUAUCAAGAAGUUUGAGUUAACAUUUAUUUCCUUGUAUUCAUCUCAGACAGAAGCUCAGAGAAAUUCAACUGCAUUUAUUGUUCAAACCUCAUUCAAAUGUAAAUUAACGUCCUUCUUGAUAGGAAAGCUGUUGUUGGUAUGGUUUUGUGAGCGUGUGACUCUAUGUGUCCAGGGCUUGAGCACUCAGCUUGCAAUAGCUUUAGCUUCUAAUGUUUGAAUGAAAGCAGAUUUCACUUAAUGUCACAGUGCUAAUGUUCCCUCACUGUUUCAGUUUUUUUUUUCUUUUUGAGUUUACUGUAUUUCCUAUGCUGAAAGUGGCAAUAAAAUUUAUUUUUACAUAA